CCUAAAGUGGAUAGAUAUUCCUUGGUCGAGUUUCAAGUGUACGAGAAUAUAGGUUUGUCACAUUUGCAAUUUUUUAGGCUUUUUCCAAAAUAAAAAUGACGGAAGGUGAGGUUUUUUGACUACACAUAGCCAGAGAAGCACAUUCUUUCAAUUCCAGAAGUUCGUAUGAACAAAAUUUCUAGCCGACAUUCCGUGCCACUGUGAUUUUUUACCUAUCGAGAACCUCCAUAGCACAUCUUUGACACAAUAGUUUAUAAACCAGUGCAGCAAGAAAAUGACUGAGCAGCAAAUUGCAUCUCGGUUGCAAAAAGCAGGUGGCAUAAGUGUCGUUCACCUGUGUCGCGCGUUAAAGCUCACCAAGGGUGCUGCUGAGGAGAAACUGGCAGACUUCCUCAGCAAGAAUAGCAAAGGAGAGAAUCUUGUCGGAUGCUAUCUGGUCUCGGUGGAUGACAAAAUCUCCACCACAGUUGCUUCCGUCGAGCCUGAACCUUCCUCCUCGGUAAAAUCGAAGCUAAAUGCCGAUGGCGAACAAGCCAACGCACGAAAGAAGAACGAAAGUGCGAGAGCAGAUUCUUUUGAGGCGAGAGGUACAUCUUUUUCUCUUCCGACUACAAUGCCCGUUCGGCGCUGCGGUCUCGCUGUCGGCCAGAAGGAGCUAGAAUUGAGGAAGAGGGGUGUGGAAAACGUGGAGUCGAGGCUGCUGGGAAUCUGCACAGAAAACGAGAAAGCAAUCAAGAAAUUCAAGGUGUGGAUGUCAAUGAAUAUAUGUAAGUAAUGAAGCUGCAGCACGGUGCGCGCAGGUUAUCGACCCCAAAUUGCUUUCCUCGGGUCCUUUACGACUCUCCGCGUGACGUCUUCACAUGUUGCAAACUUAGAAUUACCAGACGAAGGAAAUCUCCAGGCUAGAGAGACUCAACGUUAUCACCAGCACCCAUUUCAAUUGCAAACUGUUCAGGCAGACACACUUGUUGAAGACUGGACGCAAACCACGAAGGCGAGUGUACCGCUAACCGGAUACGCGCAUGUCGAUUUCUCCGACUCGAAGAAGGCACCGAAAAUGCAACCGGCGGGCACGUUUCAGGGAGGAGCAUUCCGCCUCCUGAGUGAAAUCGAUGCAGCAGGCGGCCUACAAGGUAUUCUGCCUUUGCAGCCAGACACGACAGUUAUUCAAUUGUACAUGGAUUUGAAUUUCAACAGAAAGCAAGGAAAUGCUGUCAGAUCAAAUAUAACACGGAUGAGGUGCUUGAUGAAACAAAUGUCAGAAAUUCUAGUCAUUUUAUUCUGUGUGUUUGAGACGCUUGUUCAUGAUCAUACGCUCUUUCUGGAUGACAAAUUUUCACUGUACUACUUUGUUUCCUGCUCAGCUCUGGUAACGACGAAGCUUCCAGUCGCAACUGGAGAAGUCAAAUGCCUUCCCCCCGAUAAUGAUGGAGGAGGACAGUGUAUGCAGGACCUGAUGUUGGGGCAGAAGCGGUCUUUCGCACAAGCUUUUGAAGAUGUACCGACUCCGAUAGCGAAGGACAAGCAUGCCGAUGACUUACAUGUGGCUUCCGUGCGACCUUCAAACGGGGACGCAGCUCCUCCGCCUACACCUGUAGCAGCUCCUGUGCCGUUGAAGACUCCAGAAGGGCAUCCAGGAGAAAGCUUGAGGCAAUGAUCGCAGUGUCGUUCUCACGAGGUUUGUACUUACUCUUCAGAUUAUGUCUACGAGGAUUUUUGCAGAUCAGGUUGUACUAGUGAUGGGUGUAUUAGAGUGAAUUAUUGAGGCGACUUGGACUUCUAAAAGUAAAAGCAGUUGGCGCUGAUGACGUGGCAAAACCUCACGUCGCGGCAGUUGUUCCAACAGCGCCGCCUCUCACAGCGGGCAGCGCGACGCUAACGGAGGAUCAGCGAGCUCUCAUCGCGAAAAGGAGGGAAGAAGCACGAAAAAAGCGUGAGCUAAUUCAACAACGGAAGCAGCAAGAGGCGAACGCAGAAACACAGCCGAUAGACACUGCUACAACGUGAACUCCACCUGUAGGUUUUGAGAAAUCUCCAGGUUAGCUAGUUGUUGUAGCUGCUAGUUGUUGUAGCUACUGAUGAAGAUGAUAUUUAGGCGUUGGAGCAUUUUUUCCCAGUUACGCGGACUUUUAUCAUUUUGAGAUUUCUUCAUCAUGUAAUAAUCGCGUAAGAAAGGGAUAGGGAGUAGCGCCUGGCUGCGCCUGUAAGUCUAGUUUCGUGCGACGGACGUAGACGGCGUUGGGCGAUGGAAGAAGGCCAGUCCUCCUCGGUUGACACAGUAAAUUCGAUGUGUGGUCAUGGAAACAUUUUUCCAAACUAGUCGAUGCGAUUCGUUGGCGAUGAAAAAAUUCUUCUUUGAUAAAAAUAGCGACGUGUGUUGCUAGCUUAUUCCCGCGAAGCGACUUCAAUACUCCUACGUGGGUAUUCAUUUAUUUUACAACUCUCGACGAGUAUCUACUUCUUGUUCUUGAAAAUCUGGAGCGGAUGGUUGAGAGGAUGGAGCUACGACGCUAGAUUGCGUGACUCAGUUUUUUCCGAC